UUUUUUUUUAAUUUUUAAUUUUUAAUUUUUUAGCUUUUUAAUUUUUUUCUCUAUUCUUUAAACAUGUUUCGACCUACUGUUCUUCUCAAAGCUGCUAACAGAGCUGCUACUUUUCGUGUCAUUAACACUACUACUCAACGCAUUGCACCCAUUUCCUUAGCUCGGUUCUAUAGUAGUGGAGCUUUAUCACAUGCUGAUAUUGAAACUCGUGUUUUAGAUGUUUUAAGAGGAUUUGAUAAAGUAGACAGUAACAAGAUUUCACUUGAUGCUCAUUUUAUUAAAGAUCUUGGACUCGAUAGUUUAGAUACAGUUGAAGUAGUCAUGGCUAUCGAAGAAGAAUUCUCUGUCGAAAUUCCAGAUAAAGAGGCUGAUGAAAUUAAAACUGCCAAGCAAGCUGUUGAAUAUAUUAGUCAUCGUGCUGAUGCUCAUUAAUGCAGAAUAACUAUAGUGAUAUUAUACUCAAAAAAAAAAAAAACAAAAAAUAAACACACACAAAAGAAAGUUCAUGUGAUAUUAUUACAAUGUAUAUUAUAUUACAUUGCCCCUCUCAAUGAAUACUAGAUUUUGCGAAUGAAUUUGCAUCCUAUUUUGUUAUAAUUAUUAUUAUUUAUUUAUUUAUU